AUGGACGCGGAACCCACGGAAGCGGCAGCCUCGCGGCGUCCGGCGGUGUCCUGGAAGGCGGCGGUGGAGGAGGAGGAGGAGAAGGAGGAGGCAGCGCCCAGCAGCACGUCGCCCACGGCUCCCGAGGUGGAGGAAGAGCUGAUCCUCCCCACCACCACCACCUCCCUGGGGAGCGAAGAAACCACGGUCUUGCCGCGGUCGAGCUCGUUGGAGGGGGAGGACGACCUCCCGGAGCCCUCCUUGCCCUCCUCGUCCGAGUGGCCGGAGCCGCGGAGCGCCAGCCCCAGCGAGCCCUCCUCCGCGCCGCUCGAGAGCUCCCCUUUCACCACCUCCUCCUCGCCCUCGCCGCUCUCCUGGAAGGCGCCCUCCGACAGGCUGCAGCGGCGGCUGGAAGGGAGUGAAGGCCGCGGGGAGCAGCCCGAAUGGACCAAAGCCAAAAAGAAAUGCCCGCCGGCCAAGAAGGGCGCGCCAACCUACACGGUGAGGACCAUCGUGCCAGCCGAGAAGGAGGAGCUGGUGUCGGUGGCCAAGGCCAUGCACCGAGAGAAGUUCGCCAAGAGCGUCAAGGAGCUUUUCCACCUAGAAAAGGAGGCGGCCCUCAGGUCCCUCCAAACAGGCCUCUACAUCGGCUGGCGCUGCCCUGAAUACCUUUGGGAUUGCUUCCGGGUGGGAGAUGAGUCCAGGUGCUUCUGUGGGCACCUGCUGAAGCUGCACCAGGUGUACGUGGAGAAACGAGCCACUGUGCCCUGCACUGUGGCAGACUGCCGGUGCCAGGGGUUCCUGUUUGUUCCGACAUACCCGGAAGAGGUGGGCGAAUUCUGGCUUCGGCGAAGAACUGGCUUUGAUGUGGCGUCCUGGCGAGCAAAAUGCCGGUGCACGCACACGCACGAGGAACACUCGCCCAUCGGAGCACGGGGAUGCUGCGUCCGAGGCUGCUCCUGCAUGGCCUUCGCCUCCAGCUUCCUGUGUGCGGCCUGCGACCGACGCUGGGAGGAGCACGCAACCUUCUUUGAGUCAGAGGAGACGCGGCGCCGAGGCGGUCGGCCUUACGGUAUGGGGGAUGGCAGGGAGGGUUACAGUGCCUCCACCCCCUGA